AUGACGGUCGUGGUCGAUGGCGCGUGGGGAAUCGCGUGCAAACGCUGCGACAGUCUCGUGGCGCGCCACUCGCAGCUCUCGUUCCUCCUGGAGAACGCCACAGCUGUGCAUCUCGCGCUGGACAAGACGCUGCUAUACGACGAGCAGCUGCAAGCUCAGCCGCACGAAGCCGACGGAAGCUGGCGAGUGUACAGUCAGAAGGGCGUGUUGCCGCAGCUGGAGUUCACCAAGAUCCGCACGACGAACGCGUUCAAGCGCGAGCGGAUGCCGUUCGAGUUAUGUUGCUUGACGUGCAACGCAAAAGUCGCGUCCGAGGGAUUCUUGGACGAGCUGCCGAAGGAACCCAUGCUGCUGCUGGACUCGAAAGCGUGCUCGUGUGUUCUGGACCGACGGAUACCGUACGGCUUUGCAGGGGGCAACAAGGCCAGGAAGUGGGGUGUCAUCUUGAGACAGUUGCAAGAGAUGCGACUGCCGUUGAAGGCGCAGCGGCUUCAGGAGCUCUUAGAUGCAGGACCGGUCAAAAAGGGGCAGGACACGCAAGUGCUGCUGCCGGUGGUGCGCCACACGGAAGCGUCGAUUCGGAGCCAAUUUACGCCGAAAGCAAAGAUGUCGAAGCUGAGGCGGUACCAAGUGGAGCUGACGCUCUCUGCUUUGUUAGAGAACACCAUUGUAUAUCUGCCUACUGGAUGUGGCAAAACGCUGGUGGCGAUCAAAGUGAUGGAAGAGAUGAAACGCCUGAAUCCGAACAAGUUGGUGGUCUUUUUUGUACCGACGGGGCCACUAGUGUCGCAACAAGCGGCGUAUACCCGACGAGAGUCGAAUUUCACUGUCAAGGAGUUUUCAGGGCAGCAUGGACACACAGCGGCAGCAGUGAGUGCUUUUAUUAAAGCUGAUGACGGUGUCGAUGCAGUGGUAGCGACGCCUCAGUACUUUUUAAAUUUGCUGUUCAACGGACGUACGGCGAUCAUGGAUUACAGCAUGAUGGUGUUUGACGAAGCACACCAUGCAACUGGAAACCACCCGUAUUGCGAACUCCUAAAAGUGCUGGCGACGGUUGACCUUCGAUUUCGGCCACAUGUUCUUGCUCUCACUGCCUCGCCGUUUGGCGAAGCAGUGCGUGAGACUUCUGGGCAGGUCGCGUUGAGAAAACUUGCAAAGGCGUAUAACGCUGUGAUUAAUUUCCCUACCAUUGCUGCGGAAGAUUUAGAAGCAAGCUUCAUCCCAAAAGAGGCGCAAUGGGUCACUGUGCAAGAAGGUGAUUCCGAGCGAAAGCUUCGUGAGGGUAUCAAGCACUACGUCGUGUCGUUUUAUCCGCAGAUUACAACGCUGAUGAACGGGCAAGUAAUGCCGUUCGAGUCUAAUUACGACACCAACGACAUGGAGUUGUCGCAAUUUCUUGCCAAACUGCGUCUCUUACGAGCGCAAGCGGAGAAAGAUGCAAGAGGGAAACACGCUUGCAGGGAGACGACGGGAGUCGAAAAGAGUGCGCGCCAACGGUCGGACUUAGAAUUGAUCCUCAAGCAUCUGCAAAAAGUGGCCUCAAGCUUCUAUACCUUAAGUAUACAUGGUGCAGCCACAGUUGCUGAACGAUUGCGCAGGAUUUUUGCUGAAUUGCAAGAUGCAGAAUCCAAGAAGGGGAGACGAACUUUUGCGCUGAUCGGGCAAGCGUAUUGCACUAAAAUGAGCCCCGCAUUGGUUAACUUUCCCCUGGAGACGUUCACGGGUGCGGAUAUUUCAAACCGUGUGCACCUUGUCGCCGAGUGCAUUGUAAAGGCCAAAUUUGAUCACAGUUCCCGUGCAAUCGUAUUUGUCCGGCGCCGAAAAACCGCCAUUCUGCUGGCAAAAGCGAUGGAAGCAUUGGACGUGCUGCGUGAGCUUAAUCCCACACGCUUUGUCGGACACAAUUCGUACGAAGGUAUGUCGUGGGAAGAGGAGCAGCGACCUACUUUGGAUCGCUUUAGACAGGGACGCAUCCGGCUUUUGGUCGCAACUAAUGUGCUUGAGGAAGGUCUCGACGUGCCUGAAUGUUCGCUAGUAAUCCAAUUCGACGGAGUCGUUGGAAUUACGAGUCUCAUCCAAAGUCGGGGUCGAGCACGUCACCAUAACAGCACGUUCAUUAUUUUCUGCUCGGCAGUUGGAAAAGAACGAAAUCAGAAACUUGUGGAGAAUGAGAAAAGGCUGGUAUUGAUGGCAAAAGCUGACGCUGCAAGGCUGGAGUCCAAAUCCACUGUGGUCAAGUUAAUGGAUCAUUAUCAGGAGGAGGAAAUGGGUACUUUGGAUGUUGCGCAGGAGGACGUAUCAACACUACCCCAGCGAGCAGCAUUUGACGCGAUGGCCGAAAAGGUGUUCAAUAUCGUUCUCGGUGGCGCUUUCAUUGGUGCCAGCAAACAGCUACAAAACUGUAUUUUGGAACGGGUCAGCGGCUUCGCCUCCGUCAGGUUCGUGGAUGAGCGCAUCGGUUUGUGCACGCUAGCAGCUCCGCCAGAAGAGGACAUUUAUUCAUCCUAUAAUGCGCUAAGCUCCGGUGUAGAUUUUUCGAUUGAUGAAAAAUCGUUCUGGAUGCGUUUUGAAAGUGAUGAUAUAGAGAGUGCGGCAAGCGUAAAGGAAGCCGAUGAUAUUGUCAAUGUUGGGCUACGCCGUGGGUUAUUGACCCCUGCAGGCGCGUUUCUGGAACUGGAAAAUUUUGGUAAUACGGGAAGUCUAGAGAUGGCUGCAGAUGCUUUAUCUAUAAAUUUUGGUUACUGUCGUGUGGAUUUUGAUAUGCGGGCACUUAUCGAACCACUGGUAUGGUUCGAUGCGACUUCUAAGUCUGCAGGUGCUGCUUCUAUGUACCUCGCUCUUCGUAUUCCUCCAUCGUUUUACGUGGACAAUCAGCGUGACUGCAGAAGAUGCCAGUUGCACGCCCUCGUGUACUGCAUGAAGUUGCCUGAUUCUGACAGCUUGAAGGUUAACUUGUGGAACCUUCGCGUGUACUUCUCUAAAUUCGAGGUUGAAGUCCGUGAAACGAACAUCUCUGUGACAACUGAGAAAAAGGCUGCAUCGUCAAGACUGCGCUUUAGGUUGCCUGUGGCAUAUGCUUUGCAGUGCCUCCUGUCUGAGUGCGCCUAUUUUACAAACGGUUUCUUUCCGCCAGAAUUCUUUGACCUUCUCGCGGAGCUCGAUGACGACGUUCAGGAAAAAGCACUUCUUUCGUUCCGCCCACACCCAAGUCGUAUCAGUAUCGUCGAUCAGUUUUUGGAUUUCCUCCAGAACGAGCGAUCUGUGCUAGUAGGACUGUGCUCCAGCCCGUCGUUGCAAAUAGGUCCGGUCGUUUAUAAAGUGAUCGUGACGCCUUCACGGAUCGUGUAUUGCCACCCGGAAGCAGCUCCAAGCAAUCGUGUGUUCCGUCACUGGGGGGCGGAGAAUUUCAUGUACGUGUAUUUCCGUGAUGACAAUAUGGAGCGUAUGGAUUACACGUCUGCGAAGAUAAUGAACCGCAUUCGGAAUGUCUUGAAAAGCGGAAUCGAGGUUCCUCACUUGAAAGAAGCUAUAAAGUUUCGAUUUCUCGGGUGCUCCCUAAGUCAGGUGCGCAACAGCAGCGCAAUUUUCACGUUAUUGGACCACCACAAGAUCAGGUCAUGGAUUGGAGACCUUUCUUCGUUGAGGUCUCCAGCGAAAUAUUUGAAGCGUCUCGGUCAAGCCUUCUCUUCCACACAAGAGACUUUCAAUGUUAGCCAGAGUGUACUUGAUAAUCCGGUUGAUGAUAUCAAGAAUGACAAACACGUGUUCACGGAUGGGUGCGGUGAGAUUGCUCUACUUGGGGCGGAAAACAUCGUGACGAAGCUUCAACUUUCGUGUACCCCGUCCGCAUUCCAAAUUCGUCUUGGAGGUGCCAAAGGGGUUUUGGUGGUAUCAGACCUUGGCAAAUAUAACUCCAGCCAAGAUGAAUGCAUUGUACUUCGCGAAAGUAUGUCUAAAUUCAAGUCAUGCCACACCAUGCUUGAAAUAGUCGCAUGCUCAGGUAAAUCCGAGGCAAACCUGACUCGUCAGAGUGUGCUGAUCCUGAACGAUCUUGGUAUAAAUGAGGACGUGUUCAUGGAGAUGCAAGAUGCGUUUUUGAGUGAUCUGAGCUCGCUCAUUGCUUCCGACGAGGGUGCGUACUUUGAAUUGAAGGCUGUACUGCCACCAUCAAUUAUUUGGCAAAUCGACGUUCUUGUCCGUAGACUUGGGGUGAAGGUUCUGGCCGACGAAUUUCUUUCUUCUCUGGCAAGGACAAUUUACCAUUAUCGAUUGACAAACACUGUUAUGCGUGCCAGAAUUCCGAUUGCAAAGGGACGUACUUUAAUGGGUGUGGCAGAUUUCACCGGGACGUUGAAGUAUGGAGAAGUGUUCGUGCAGUAUUCGGUGACUGACGACGAAACAGGAGCGGAGAACUACAUAGCUUUGGAUAAUGUUGAUGUUGUUGUCCAUCGAAGCCCCUGCCAUCACCCUGGCGAUAUUCGCGUUCUUCGCUGUAGAAUAGAUGUGCCGCCUCCACUGCGUCAAUUAAAAGAUUGCAUUGUGUUUCCAUGCGAAGGGCCACGACCGCAUCCCGACGAAUGCACCGGCGGGGAUUUGGACGGAGAUACGUUCGUAGUAAUAUGGGACGAGAGAUUGAUUCCGUCCAGAACAAAGAUCCACGAGCCCAUGACUUUUGAUGAAGACACUGGAGGAGAUACAAGUCCUCGGGGUGAUAAAUAUCACCAGUCGACCGAUGAUGACGGGUUGAUCGACUUUUACGUCCAUUCGAUCCAGGAUGAUAUUUUAGGAGUGGCCUCGAAUGCGCAUCUCGCGCUGUGCGAUUCGGUUGAUGAAGGAAGCUUUGACGAAAAUGCAAAGAUUUUAGCACGCGUUUGCUCGAAGCAAGUGGAUAGUCUUCGUGCUGAGAAAGAUUUGGAAAUUGUGCGGGAGCUAGCACCUAAAAGCUAUCCGGAUUUCAUGCAGAAUAAGGAAAAGCCGUCGUACCCGUCGAGGAAAAUUCUAGGCAAGAUGUAUCGGCGGUGCAAGGCCAUCUUCGAUAGUACAACGAUGGUGGGUGCUAGCCAAAUGCCGUUACGUGACGACCAUUUCCUCACAACGGGCUACAUGAACUAUCUUGCUCAGGCCAAAGUACUUUACCGCCAGUACAAGCUACGGGUCCAUGCUCUAUUGCUCAUGUCGGGAGCGCAGACUGAAGCAGAGCUCGCGACUGGCAUGAUUGUGGAACCGCGAAGCGAGUACAAAGCUGAUUAUUUCCGCUUUGGCGAACAGUGCAAGGAUGCAUUUUACGCCCUGCAAGCUUCAUUUCGGGCUCAGUUUGACCAUGACACACCCUCGACCAAAGCAGGUGAAGAGCUAAAAUUUGCUGCCGCAUGCUACUUCGUUGCUCAUGACGAUUCCGACGCAUUAUCGCGCUGUCUGGGUUUUCCGUGGAUUGUAAUCGAUCUAUUGGUAACAGUUAAAGCAAGCAACACUGGCAGCACACAUUUCAAGUUGUGGACUCCUGUUCGUUUGUCCGUAUAUGCUAAUACGAUUCCAAAGCUGCAGUUGUGUAUCUUGGCUGAAAUUGUUACGAAUACUGAAGAGCUACUGGCGGACUUGUUUGAUCGACUGGUUGCAGUGUCUUCAUUGCGCUCCGAGAUGCCUAGCGACCUCAAGAAAAGAGAGCUAGAUCUUAUCCUGUUCGGCUCCUCUGAGCUGCUCACAUUUGAGAAGCAAUCUGAUUUGGAUGUGAUGGUUUGCUGUUCGUCUGAUCGUGGUUCGUUGAGAGCUAUUGCUCGGUUUUUGGAGGGCUCGCACGACAACAUCGUUCUAAAAGAUGAUAUUCGUGUUCCCCUUCUGUCCUUUUCGUUUCAACAAUGGUCCGUAGAGAUGUGCAAGCUUUCGAAUGGGCCAGUUAAAACUCGCCUGUUUCGCACGUACAUGGAGAGGUACAACUUCUUCUGGCCAUGUGUGUACUUUCUUGUACGUUGGGGCAAAUGUGUCGGGCUCAUUCGACGACGCUCAGGUGGAGGUCUGAAUAUGUUCUCACCCACUGGCUUUAUUUGGCUGUUCCUGCGGUUCUGCACCGAACAGAAUUUUGUACAGCCGAUUAGUAUAGGACCCAUUACCGUCAAGGAGAUCUUGAAGAACAACGACAUCGAUUCGGAGAUUUCGUUCUGGACUGAAUUGCUUACUGGUCUUGUGUCAGGAAAGGAUGACACAUCUGCACUUUCAGCAGCUGAUGUUCUCCUUGCAUUUUUUUACUUUUAUGCAAAUUUGUCUACUCGGGCUUCUGACUAUGCGUUUACAGACCCACUUGAUGAAGAGAACGACACGCAGUUGGAACCGGAAGCAGUCUCGUUGUUUCGAUCUGAGUGUCAUAUCGCACUCCACCAGCUAGUGAUCGCGCAAGGUGACAUUAAGUAUUUGCUGACGCAUCGGGAGGAGCAGACGAGUAGAAUUACGCUCAGUCAUGCGCUGAGCACGCGUAUUCACGAAGCCAAAGACUUUUUUUCACGAAAGAUUUUGUUUGAAACCAAAGCCGACAGCUCUACACGUCUGGCAUUUAAGUUUCACCCGAAUAUCCUACGUUCUGAUUUGUACGUCGCAGAGAUCGUUGGACCUGGCGACGCAAUCCUGCGAAUCGAAGACCACAUUCGUAUGAUCGAGCAAGAGCUUGGUGCGCGAAUGCCUUUUCGUUCGAAUCAAAACUUUCACCACGAGGGCUCAAGUUUGGUGCUUUUCGAGGGGGCUGCGUCUCAACAAGAAAAAAUUGGCUUCCAAGAUUAUUACGGUCUGCGCCAUAGUGAGCACAACAACACUCAGCUACAUCAAGCGCACCUAAUUUGUUUCAUGAAUGGGCGUCAGUGGUACGAGCAUGCAGGGGCGACAUUUUGCGCAAAGUUCAUCCAGCAGAUGAUCAAGUUGUCCAGGUUUGAACAUAUAAAUUCGGGUGUUACAAAUGCAAAAGCCUUUGUUCGUUUCGGACACCACUACUUGAUCAAUCUCCCGCGUUCAUUUGACGAUGAGUCAAUUAUGCUGGCUAGUAUCAAGAAACUAGAGGACGAGUUUGAGCGAGGCCGCUCUGCGCGGGAACUAUAUGAUUCCGUCCUGAUGGCAAAACAAAAGCAACGGGCAGAGGUUGAGGUUGAGGUUGCGAAUCUUAAUGAUGACGUCCUGUCUGAAGCAGAAGGCAAAAGCGAGGAGGGCAACUGGGGAAGCUACUCGGACGAUGAGCAGGGGUGGGGAGGUCAUAACAACAGCAUGGAAGAGGCCGACUAUGGCGGUGGCGGCGGAGGCGGUGGGGGUGGGGGCGGUGGAGGUGCGAGACGUGAGCGACCUCGGAUGAAGUUGCAGAGGGCUCACACUGUUGCCCGUGGUGACAAAGGUGUUACUCAUUCCUUCUACUCGAUGAUCGAGUCUCAGCAUACUUCAUGGACAAAGGAAUACGCGGAGAAACAUCUCGGUAUGACAUUGAUUGAAGAGUCCGAAUCAUACCAGGUGUCAAUCGUAUAUCAGUCGUUUGAGUACAACGUCAGGCUGACAAACGAGUUGCAAUUCGAAAAGAUAUCUACGCGUCCAUCCCGGUGGUUUAGCACGACAUUGAAGAUGCGACAGGAAAUGGAUGAUGAAAGCCACAAGAUGGACAUGACGCCAGAUAUUCGCUUCUACGUGUCGACAAAGGAAAACCUGUCCAUGACCGAUAGCUUAUAUGUCAAACUAGCGGACUGCUGCAAGAAAGCGCCCGAUGGUCGCGGCAUCAUUGAAUUUUGCGGCGACACUCGUGAUAAUGUGCGUAUCAGCCGUCACCUGUUGGACGCUGGCGAGUCAUCAUCAUGUAUCGGAACGGUGCGGCGCGUGCGCGGUGCAAAGUACUUUAAUCCAACAACUCAAAAACAAAUGUCAUUGAUGCAUGUCCGCGAGUUUGGCAUGCCUGACCGGAACCCCGAGGAUGGCUUUAUGAACGUUCGUGAUAAAGUUGAGGCUGAGUUCUUGCUACCCCCGUUGACGCCAGAGCGCCGCUUGCUGCCGGCCUUCGCACGCGAAUUUUUGGCCACAGGAAUGGAGUAUGUCGACUUCUUACGGGGUCAGGCUGACUUGGAAAUGCCUUAG